UCUUCCAGUCGCCGCCAUGGCCGCCUACAAGUUGGUCCUGAUCCGGCACGGCGAGAGCGCCUGGAACCUGGAGAACCGCUUCAGCGGCUGGUACGACGCCGACCUGAGCCCCGCGGGUCACGAGGAGGCGAAGCGCGGCGGGCAGGCCCUGCGAGAUGCUGGCUAUGAAUUUGACAUCUGCUUCACCUCGGUGCAGAAAAGAGCCAUUCGGACCCUCUGGACCGUGCUAGAUGCCAUUGACCAGAUGUGGCUGCCCGUUGUGAGGACUUGGCGCCUCAAUGAGCGGCACUAUGGCGGUCUGACUGGCCUCAACAAAGCAGAAACUGCUGCCAAGCAUGGUGAGGCCCAGGUUAAGAUCUGGAGGCGUUCCUAUGAUGUCCCCCCACCACCCAUGGAGCCUGACCACCCCUUCUACAGCAACAUCAGCAAGGAUCGCAGAUAUGCAGACCUCACUGAAGAUCAGCUGCCUUCCUGUGAGAGCCUGAAGGACACCAUCGCCAGAGCCCUGCCCUUUUGGAACGAAGAGAUCGUGCCCCAGAUCAAGGAGGGCAAACGGGUUCUGAUCGCAGCCCACGGCAACAGCCUUCGGGGCAUUGUCAAGCAUUUGGAGGGUCUCUCUGAAGAGGCUAUCAUGGAGCUGAACCUGCCCACCGGGAUCCCCAUUGUCUAUGAACUGGACAAGAACCUGAAGCCCAUCAAGCCCAUGCAGUUCCUGGGGGAUGAAGAGACCGUGCGUAAAGCUAUGGAGGCUGUGGCUGCCCAGGGCAAGGCCAAGAAGUGAAGGCAAGCAGGCAGACCACUCUCCCUGGGACCUCCCUGCCUGCCUGCCCCCUUCCAUUCCUCUGCACCCGUCCCCUACACAUGUCACACUGACCACAUCUGUAGGCACCUUAGGUUGUAGCUGCAGGUGGGGACUGGUGGCCCCUGCUUUCCUCUUAGUCAUUCUGUCUCCUGCACCACUCCCUUCACAGUAUCUAGUCAGGACAGCAACCAUGGGGGCUCCUGUGCAAGCAGAGGGAGGGGCCCCCUGUCCCUGCAGUUGAGAGAUCUAAAGGCCCCUAUGUGAGUGCACUACUUCCUAAGGGCCUGUUGGAGUAGGAAAAGGGUGGAGCCACGCUAAGCGCUGGCCAAUGAGGAGAG